AUGGCCAGUUUUUUGAGCUCCUCUCUGCCCAGCUGCCUCCCCUCCCUCCUCCUCCUCCUCCAGCUGUCUUCCAUCUCUGCAGGACAGUUCAGAGUAAUGGGACCAGGGCAGCCCAUCCGGGCACUGGUGGGGGAUGAAGCGGAAUUGCCCUGUCGCAUAUCUCCAGGAAAGAACGCUACAGGCAUGGAGGUGGGAUGGUACCGACCCCCCUUCUCCAGGGUGGUUCAUCUCUACCGAAAUGGCAAGGACCAAGAUGAAGAGCAGGCGCCUGAAUACCGGGGCCGCACGGAGCUGCUGAAAGAGACUAUUGGGGAGGGAAAGGUGACCCUCAGGAUCCGGAAUGUAAGGUUCUCGGAUGAAGGAGGUUUCACUUGCUUCUUCCGAGAUCAUUCUUACCAAGAGGAGGCAGCAAUAGAAUUGAAAGUGGAAGAUCCCUUCUACUGGAUCAACCCUGGAGUGCUGGCGCUCAUCGCGGUUCUGCCUGUGCUCCUCCUGCAGAUCACUGUGGGCCUUGUCUUCCUCUGCCUGCAGCACAGACUCAGAGGAAAAAUUCCAGCAGAGAUAGAGAAUCUCCACCGGACUUUUGAUCCCCACUUCCUGAGGGUGCCCUGCUGGAAGAUAACCCUGUUUGUAAUUGUGCCAGUUCUUGGACCCCUGGUGGCCUUGAUCAUCUGCUACAACUGGCUACACAGAAGACUAGCAGGGCAAUUUCUUGAAGAGCUAAGUAAGUUUUCUUCUCUUUCUUAUAAGCUGAGAGCAAAAAAACAAAACAAAACAAAACAAAAAACCAAGGAAACAGCAAGGGGAAGAGGGGGCUAUUGA